AUGACAUUUGCAACUUGGAGAAAUUUCAAGAAGAGACCUGAAUCAUUGACAUCCAAAGUUUGGAAUGCUGUAAAAGCGGAUAUUAUUCCCGAUGAAAAGAAAUUCUUAGGUGUAACUCCUUGUAAAUUGAAAAAUCCUGUAUCUCUGGAUCAAUUUAAAUUACGUUACUCUAAGGAAUUUUCUGAGUUUAUAAAAGAAUAUAACAGAUAUCCACCUGAUAUUGAAUUUAGAAUUAGAACAUACGAGGAAUAUUAUAUUCCAUAUGAUUGGAUAGGUUCCAAGAAAAACCAAUUACACGAUAGAUUGCAAAACUAUGUUAUAGAAUUAUUACGUCAACGAGGCUAUAGAGUAGUUCAUGGAAAUUCUUGGUAUGUUAUGGUAAAAUGGAUCGAGAAUCCAGAUUGUUAUGCUAACAAGACAUAUCCGAAUAUUGUUAGAAUAUAA